GUGUAUCAAAGACUUAGAUGGUACCUUCCACCAUGAAGACUUUAAUCUUUCUGGCUCUUCUGGGAACAGGCCUACACACCUCGACGGCAGUAAAACACUCCCUGAAGUAUUUCACCACUGCAUCUUCUGGAAUCCCAGAUGUCCCGGAGUUUGUGGGUGUUGCAAUGGUUGAUGAUGUCAUGAUAGGUUACUGUGACAGCAACACAAUAGAACCAAAACAGGACUGGGUGACAAAAUUAUUCCACAAUGAUCCUCAGCAGUUGAAGUGGUACAGUCAAGAAUGUUCAGAGAUUCUGUCCAUUGGCUACAAAACUGAGAUCCACAUACUGAAGCAGCGCUUCAACCAAAGUGGAGGUGUCCAUGUUUUACAGAGCAUGACUGGCUGUGAACGGGAUGAAGAGACUGGAGAGAUUAAGGGUUUUGCUCAGUAUGGUUAUAAUGGAGAAGACUUCCUAGCAUUUGACCUGAAGACGCAGAGAUGGAUCGCUUCCAAACCUCAGGCUGUCAUCACCAAACUGAGAUGGGACGCUAACAAAGUUCGCAUAGAACUCAAUAAGGAGUACCUCACUGGGAUUUUCCCUGAGUGGCUGAAGAUGUAUGUUGACUAUGGGAAAAGCUCUCUGCUGAGAACAGGUACAGUCACAGUUUGUCAUGGACACAAUGUUCAUAUGACCUGUUCAGACUGAAUCACCAUUGUACUAUGACUCCAGUAGAUCUGAUAUUACUUUCUUUUUAGCUGUUUUUGUGGCACUAAGACUCAAGUUAUUAGCUGGAUACUGACAUGUCUGAGUGCUCUGACAUUACUUUCAGUCAGUACUGACACUGCGUUAGACAAGAGAGAACGUUGGUCCAGGCAGCAAAACCUCAGCCUGAUGGAUUUGUUCCAGAUAUUUAGGCUCAGCAGAAGAUCAGUGUUAGUGACGUCGGUGUUCCUCUGACUUUUCCUGUCCGGUCACCAGCUAGUCAAACUUUUCAGUUAUUCAGUGGAAUGUCUCAAUAUUUUUAAUCAUUUGGCACCAAAUUAUACAGAUAAGGAGAGUUGGAGUGUUGCUUCACAUCCUGCGCUCUCCCUCAGCUGUGUGUGUGUGUGUGUGU